AUGGCCAACAGACCCAAGAGUAUGCCCGACUUCUCUGCGCUCAUGGAUGCUUCCAUGCCGCUGUUUGAGAGCAAGACGAAUGCCAGGAGGAGCACGUCGCCGGAGAGGAAGUCGCCCGAGAGGGGAGAGAGGGCGGCGGGUCACUCGCGCAAGAAGCCGAGCAUGUCGCUCGCGCAGGGACUGAUUAUCAACGGCGAGCUGCAUCCGCCCAAGUCGCCCUACAGGCAGACUCACAGUCGGGGAAGCCAGGAGGGUGGGACCAACGCGGUGGACAGUGGCGAGGAGAGCCUGUUCUAUGCGUAUGCGCUGAAGAGCGACUACCCAAACGCUCCUCCGUACCUCCUCACGUUCGCAACCUCGGAUAUCUGCGCACAGUGGUGGUCGCUUGUGCAGCGCGGGUACCCCGAGUCCGCGCGUCCGGGCGCCCAGCUCUUCGUUCUCAAAACGGACGACAUGCAGGCCAUACAGGACGACGCCAAGCUCUCCGAGCUGCGCAACAAGUGGUUCUUCACCUCACAGGACAGGUCCAACUGCGCGACACCUGUCAUCCCGCUGCAGGGCGCGACCGGACAUCUCGUCACCAGCGCGCCUCUGCCCCACCCUCGGCCAGCGGUCGAGAAGCCUGCCUACGCUUCAGUCGACAGCUUGGCUGAAAAGCUGGAACGGCUGUCCUCGGUGGUGGAGAGCAGCGCCGAGCACAUCCAUGCUCUGUCUGUCGCCCAGUCUGCCGGGCUUCAGCGCAUGCAGGAGAUCAACGAGAGCAACAGCACCCAGAUCAAGGCGCUUGCUGAGUCGCAAGCUAAGCUGCAGGCACUCAUCGACCAGAACGCAUCGCAUUAUAUUGCUUUGUCGAACACCUCGUUCAACUCACACGAGCAGGUAAAGGACGUCUUGCAGGCAACAACCGCCCAGAUCCAAAGUCUGAGCGGGAGCCAGGCUCAGCUGGCGCAAACCUGCAAAGCAAUGAUGCGCAGUAUCGAAAGCCUCGGUACUUCAGUUCAGCACAUCCGCGCAGCUACACCGCCGCCUGCACCCCCUUCAGAAGCCUCCACCAUGCAGUCCACACCGCCGCCUUCGUUCUCAAGUGCGAUGGCAAACAGAAUCAGCCCCGCACCCAGGAAGCUGAACAGGCGCAUCCGAGGAGUGUGGUAUGAGUAUGACAAUAACGCGGAAUCGAGGGUCCAUGGUGCACCUAGGAAACUUGCUCCUGCCCCUAAUCUCGGUACUCCGCAGAAGACGCCUGCGACACCACCGAGGACACCCAAAAAGCUCACACAGACCUAA